AUGACCAAGGUGCUGCUCACCGCGGGUCUGCUCCCGCUGCUCGUCCAUGUGGUGCUCCCCUGUAUUCGUACCGUACCCUCAUCGACAGCCACAACGACAACAACCACGACUACCGCUACCACCACCACAACGACCACAACAGAUCCCACUAAUCUUUGUGCAACCUGUGACAGAUCGUUGAUUACUGUCGAUUUAACGGAGGAUGGUACCGUUGAGCCGACAUCGGAUGUCAUUACAACUGACGCAAGUGGCUGCUCUGUGCGCACGUUUACUUGUGAUUCCACAACGGAUGGGGCGCAGGUCGUCAUUUCGUUCAACAAUGACGAUGCCGGAACGAAAAGUGGCUUCGAUACCGUCCAGGAUACUGUAACCUGCAAUUCCGACGGCAUGGCUGACGGCUGCUCGGUGACCUACACUUGUACGGCUGAUGAUCCAGAGUUCCAGAGUACUAUCUCGCUCGACCUUGACGCCUCCGGUACCUUUAAUCACGCCACGCAUGAUGGUUUUCUUGAAACGAUGCGCCAAUUCCUAUGCAUCGGCCUAGUAUUCGUUCUCCUGAAUACGGUAGACACAUGUAUACGCACCGUGCCGACGCCGACUCCCGGCCCUGGAACAACAUGUAACUGUGGCGCAACGCCGACGGUGGACACUACAACAGACGGAGUCUCAUCAUUCACGGACAUUAACGAGAGCGCUGACGGCUGCUCGGUGACGUACACGUGCACGGCUACGGACCCCGAAAUUACGAGCGUCAUCUCGUUUGACGAUGAUACCUUGGGCAACACCGAUGCUUGUAUCCGGAUGCAAAAUCCCGGCACGACGACAAAACGUCCCACCACUACUACAACGACACCAACGACAACAACAACCACGAAGGCGACGCCAGUUUGCAACUGCCCCACCCCGCCCACUAUUGAUAGGACGAGCGCGAGCGCAGCUGCCUUCAGCGGUAUUGUUGUGAAUGCCGACUGCUCGCGGACCUACACUUGCACACGUGGUGCGGCGCAAGCAGAGAUUUCG